AGGUCCAAAGUUGGAAUCAUCCCACUAAAACGAUCGGAAGUGUAUAUGUUGUGAGUGUCUUAGGAUUAUCUAAUUACGUCGCCCUCUUUUACGUGCAGGUUGCUAGUGCAACAGCAACAUUUGUGAUGACAUUUUCAUCAUCCUUAUCUGUGGUGGAGUUCUACCUCCUCAAGAGGUUCCCUAUGCCUUUCGCUUUAUACCUCACCGGAGUGUCCGUCUUGGCUGGAUUCUGGGGACAGUAUUUUGUGAGAAAACUCAUCACAAUCGUUGGGAAAGCAUCCAUAAUUGUGUUCAUUCUUUCUGGCGUCAUCUUUGCUAGUGCUCUCACAAUGGGUGUGAUUGGAAUAGAGACCAGCAUCCGCAUGAUAAGCAACCAUGAAUUCAUGGGGUUCUUAGGCUUCUGUGGCAGUAACUGAUUUUGGGCACUACAAGAAAAUGCCAAAGAGAAAAUUGGCAAGAAAAUCUUUACAAAUUCCUCAAGUGAAUAUUGAUUACUUGGAAAGUGUUGGCCAAUACCUUGUUGACCAAUACUUUGAUGUAGUACUAUUGUUGUGAAGAAAUAAGGAUGUUUGAAACGUGUGUUUUUUCUUUUAGCUAAAAGGUUUGGUAAUUCAAUGUUAGCUCCUCGCUAACAUUAAUCUCCAAACCAAUCAAUAAGUGUAAUGAAAUUGAAACAUAUAUAGUGUGUUGUGUAUUGUAUUAUGGUUUGGUAGUACAACGUUAGCUUCUCGCUAACAUGAUCUCCAAACCCAUCAAUCAUUUUCUUCAAUAAAACCAUCUAGAUUUUUCUUUCAUUGUA